AUGAAUGAUCAAUAUCAACAUUGCAAUCAGCAGCUAGCUAUAGAUCCAGUCACCAUUGUUAUUAGGGAAUGUAUCACUUUAGCCACGGCUAUGAGAAAAUUUACUAAAUAUUAUUCUCAAAGUACCAACGUAGCUGCCUUAUUAACGGGAACCAAUUCUAAUAACGAAGAUAAACAUGCUGAAUUGUUUAGUAACUAUAAAAAUUUUACGGGCAUUCUAGAUUCUGAAAUUUCUAGAUUUAAUGAUAAGAAGGAACAGGAUACCACAACAGCAACUGAGGAAGAAGCUGAGCAAACAAGCAUAUCUACCGAAACUUCAACAACUAUUAAAAAAAAUAGUCCUGCUAAUAAUAGCGGUUUAUUAAAUAGUAACACCUUUGUGAAUAAUGAUCCACUUUUGGCUGGAUUUUUACAAUUAAGAACAAUGCUAAAUUCCAAAGUUUCUUUGCAAAAUAUCGAUGCACUAACUUUGUUACAGCCAUUUCUAUUAGUUAUCAGUACAAGCACAACUUCUGGAUAUAUUACCAAUUUGGCCUUAACUUCAUUGCAAAAGUUUUUCUUUCAAUACAAGAUUAUUAAUACUUAUUCGAAAAAUUAUCAGGCUGCCUUCAAACAAAGUGUUGUAUCCUUGACGCAUUGUCGAUUUGAAGGAUCUGAACAACUAUCCGAUGAUUCCGUUUUAUUAAAAGUGUUAGAAUUAAUGCGCAAUCUAGUUACUUCUGAACAAUAUAAUACGAUUAUGUCGGAUUCUAUUAUGUAUGAAGUAUUGCAAACUGUUAUGUCUCUAGCUUGUAAUAAACGAAGAUCAGAGGUGCUAAGAAGGGCCGCUGAAAUGACGAUGAUGGAAAUUACUAGUACCUUAUUUAUGAAGUUGAAGACUAUAAAUUCCAGUUCUCAAAAUGCGUACAUUAAUGACGAAGACUAUACCAAGAAUGGAUUGAAGGAUGACACAAUUGGCACCUCUAGUGACACUAAAGAAAUAAUAGAAAAAGAAGACACCGAAGAGAAUAAUCCCACUGGAAGUACUAAAGAGGAUACUGGGAAGGAAGAAAUCUACGGGUUGCCUGUAAUUAAAGAUUAUUUAGGGAUAUUAAUAUCAUUAAUCAUGCCUGAAAAUCAACACAAACAUAAUUACAGUACUCGAAUUUUGAGUUUGCAAUUAUUAAAUAUUGCAUUUGAAAUAUCUGGCGAUCAUUUCCCUCAUCAUCCCGUUUUAUUUACUUUAGUAUCUGAUCCAAUCUUUAAAAACAUUUUGUAUAUAAUUAAAAACGCUAAAAACACCAAGCCCUCCUUAUUACAAGCCGCUUUGCAAGCUUUUGUCACUUUGUCGUUGGUUAUGGGAGAAUAUUUGGAAAUGCAGAUUGAACUAACGUUGAAAACGAUUUUUGAUAUUGUUAGCGAUUCAGAUGAUGACCAGGUAGCUAGUGUUGCUAAAGAGCUUUUAAUUGAGCAAAUUGCUAUACUAUGGACGAGAUCCAAACCUUCCUUUUUCACAAAAUUAUUUGUCACAUAUGAUUGUAAUUUGAAUAGAUCAGAUUUAUGUGUUGAUUUCAUUAAAUAUUUAUCCAAAUUAUCGUUACCGGAGUCUGCUAGCACCACUGCUGACAUUGUUCCACCUAUUUGUCUAAAUGGUUUAAUUUCAUUCAUUGAAGAUACUUAUGUGUUGCUGACCGGCAAUAUGGGAUGCAACUUGGACAUUGCAAAUACCUACCUAGAACAAAGAGAAAGAAAGGCUAAAUUUAUUGAAUCGACUCAAUUAUUUAAUGAAAAGCCCAAAAAAGGAUUGCCCUUAUUACUAUCUAAUGGCUUUAUUGAAAAUGAUAACGAGGAGACUAUUGCAAAAUUUUUAUACGAAAACAAGGGGAGAUUAAAUAAGAAAACCAUUGGCGAAUAUGUUGCAGACCCUAAAAACAUUUCUUUAUUAAAACAUUUUAUUUCCAAUUUCAAUUUCCAAGGAUUACGUGUAGAUGAAGCUAUUCGUGUUUUGUUAACUAAAUUUCGUUUACCAGGUGAAUCGCAACAAAUCGAGAGGAUUGUGGAAUCUUUUGCUGCCAAAUAUGUUGAAGAUCAAAAAUAUGAUUCUGACAGGGAGACCAUUAAUGAAGUUGAGGAUGAUUAUGCGACGGUUCAACCAGAUGCAGACUCUGUCUUUAUUUUAAGUUAUUCGAUUAUCAUGCUAAAUACCGAUUUGCAUAAUCCACAAGUAAAAAAACACAUGACAUUUGAUGAUUAUACAUACAAUUUGAAAGGUUGUAAUAAUAACAAAAAUUUCCCCCUAUGGUAUUUGGAUAGAAUCUAUUGUUCUAUUAGAGAUAAAGAGAUUGUUAUGCCGGAGGAACAUCAUGGAAAUGAAGAAUGGUUUGACGAUGCUUGGAAUAAUUUAAUUUCUUCAUUCAAUGUUUAUAUUGAAUAUAAGGAUACACAUAGUAACUCGCAAGAGCUAACUGAUGUCAACUCUUUGAUUCAAUUUGAUAGAGCCAUUUUUGAACAAGCUGGCGAGAAUAUCAUCAGCACUUUAUUUAAGAUUUUUGAAAUUGCCACCGAUGAUCAUAUAAGUAUUAAAAUGUUGUCGACCCUUGACAAAUGUUGUUAUAUAGCAUUUACCUUUGGCUCAGCAAAUGCUUUGAAUACAGUUAUUAAAAAGCUAAUCUCUAUCUCGUUGUUAGAUGGUGAGUUUAACGAAGAAUCGGAAUCUGAUAAUAUUCCUUUGGUUGAGAUUUUAGAAGAUGAAAGAAACAAAAAAGUUAGUUAUUCAGUCAGUAACCUUGGUGUCAAAUUUGGUAGAGAUUUUAAAGCACAACUCGUAACAAUUUUGUUGUUUAAUAUUUUUCAGAAUAACAAUAGAUUAGGGUUAAUCAGUGAAGAUAGUUGGUUUUCACUUGCUCAGAUUGUAUUAAACUUGUACGAGAAUAAAAUUAUGCUUCCUGAUUGUUUCCCCUCCAUUCAAAAGAAAUUUAGAUUACCCCCACUACCUAGACCGACCCCCGACUACACAAUAAAUAAAAGUCAAAAAGAAAGUAAUAAUAGAAACGGGUUGUUAUCGACCUUUGCAUCGUAUUUGAAAGGGGAUGAAGAACCUACUUUGCAAGAACUCAAUGCAAGUUUGUCUACUUAUCAAUGUAUAGCUACUUGUAACUUACAGGAGACGUUGUUGGGCAAUAAAUAUAAUUUUACGGAUGGUAAAUUUAUAAUGGCUGUACUUAAGUUAUUAGACGGUAAUAGAGUUCUUGCAGAGGGGACCAAACUGUUUUUAAUUGAGUUUAUGGUUGGACUAUUUUUCAACCAUUUGGAAACAACCCAUGUUGCCAGCUCUAGGGGGGGGUCGACGAUGCAUUGCUAG